AUGUCGUCAUCCAAUGAAACACCCUCACACAGCAAUUCUCUCUCCAGUCACAAAAAGUUCUAUGACUUUCGAGUGGAGGAUUGGUAUUCUUGUUGUUACUCAACAACGGACAAGUCAGCAGAGCCAUUGACCUUCACCACCGAUUUUCUACCACUCACAAUCGAACAAGCCAAUGCCAUCAUUCAUCUCUAUGAACUAUUUCACAAAUAUCCGAGACAAUUAUUGCCUGGAGAUGUUGGUUUAAAAUUGCCUGAGCAAGAGGAAAGCUUACAACAAUAUAUCAAACAGGCCAAAAUGAAUGCUAUGAAACGAUUUUCGUCACUGACCAGCGUUCAUGCGAUUGUAUCGGAUUUUUAUGACUGGGAACCGAAUACUUUUAAUAAUAAUACGAACAACAACAUCACAGAUUCCACUGGCAACAAUCGACGCGAUUAUUCAAACUGGGAUCCCAUUUUGAAAAAUCAGAAAAUUUUCACACGACAUGAUGCCUCACUGAUUCAACAAUUAGGCAUUUCAUUGCAACAAAAGUUUGAUGAGCUUGCAAAGGUGUCACCUUAUCCACGAAUGGAUGGUUUCUUUGUGAGAGCUUCCACGAGAUCGCCAAAAGAUGGUUGCUUGCGACAUCGCCAAGCUUUUAUGGAACAGUUAAAGUUGGAACUCGAAAAAAAUGCUCGAGAGUCGGGUCGAGACAUUAAAUACAAUGAACCGCUUACAGUGGUGCGAGCAUUCAAUGCAAAAUUAUGUAUUCAAAAUGCAAUGCAGGCCCUCGAUUUACUUGUCAACUCUGAGAGAAUCUAUGCUGACUUAUUUAGAGCGUUGUUGUUUAUUGAUGAACAAUUGAAAAAGGAGCCUCAAAAAGAACUUCCUGAACAACGAUUAGUGGUGAGGCUUUUCAAGAAAAUGUCUCGCCCUGAAUAUGAGUUUCGAGUAUUUGUGAAAUAUAUCGAAAUUUUGAAGCAACAUCAGGUGGUUGGAAUUACACAAUAUUUCAAAACGUGUUAUUUGGAGGAUCUUAAUCAUCACGAUGGAAGUUUGCGAGAGCAAAUUCAAAAGGGUAUCCAAUCGUUGGCACAGGAAGUUUCGACAAGAUUGCAAACCACAGAGAAUUUUGUUUUGGACGUCAGUGUCGAGUAUGAACAUGUUCUUUCAGAAGAUGGUAAAUCCUCACAGUUUAAAGUAACCAAGAUUUGGAUGAUUGAAAUCAAUUCAUUCUCAAAACAAGCAAGUCCUUGCUUGUUUGAUUGGGAUGAAGAAGAGACCAUUAAGGUUCUCAAUGGAGAGUUGCCAAUGCAGUUCAGAAUUUUGACGAAGCCUCUCACCCUUAAAGAAGGAAGACGUGAAUUAGCAAAAGAUGUGAGUGAAAUGUUAGAAAUUAUUAAUGGAAAGCCUCCAGCAGAAGAAGAGGACCACGAUGAUGGUGAUCAUCCUUCAAAAAAGAAUUGUCUUGUUCAAUAA